ACGUUCUAAGCAUAGCUGAUGAGAACGCCGAUGCUGUCACCGAGGGGUGAGUCACACAGACGACAAACAGUAUCUCUGGGACGACACCCUCCAGCAUCCAGCCGACCAGAUGGUACAGCAUCUUUGACCAGGAUGUGGACGUCUUUGCUAGCUCUGGGAACCCGACGCCAGACUCGUCCUUGGCUUCAAGUGGCAGCCUGUGUCGAAGGAUUCCUUGCAUUUCCUCGACAUUCGGCCCGCAGCGGACAUGGCGCCAGAUGGGAGAGCGCGGGUGCGGGCGUUCUGGGCAAGCCUUCCCACGAGACAGAACAAGAUCCUGUACCCAGAGAGGUUCUCGUCGACAAGCCGCCCCAAGUGCUGAGAUCUCGGGACUGAAUGCCGCU